AUGUUUGCCAGGCUAGGGGUGCCAGAGGAGAUACACAGUGACCAGGGGGGUAACUUCGAGUACCAGGUCUUCGCCAGAGUGUGCCAGUGCCUGAGGAUCUCUAAGACGCGGACCACCCCGCUGUAUCACCAGAGCGACGGGUUAGUGGAGCGAUUUAAUCGGAUGCUCACCACCCAGCUGGCCACCCUGGUGUCCCGGCACCAACGGGACUUCCAGGAAUCUACCGGGUGCACCCUGGCUGCGCUCAUGCUGGGCCGGGAAAUGCAAACCCCGGUGGACCUGGUCUUCGGCCCGCUGCCCGGAGAUGAGUCUGUACUGGCGGCUGGACUGGACUACAAGUGGAAACUGCGGCAGCGGAUGUGGUGGGUGCAGAACUUUGCCCUUACUAUUAUUUAUAGUCCGGUAGAAGCGGCACUACGACCUGCGCUGCAGGGGGUCUGCCUUCCAGCCCAGGGUCUGGGUUUGGGUGUACAGCCCGUGCCAUCGUGGGAUGGGCCCGCUAAGGUUCUCGGGGUGGUGGGUGGGGUCUGCUACCGGGUCCAGUUGGGAACACAGGGGAGAGUGGUGGUCCUGCACCGAGACUGCCUGGCACCCAACCGGGUCCGGGAGGAUGAGCCCGGCAGGGAGGCUCUGGAGGAGCAGCCACCUUAUGUGUGUGUAUAUCCUGUGUUUGGGUUUUGGUGGCUGCAGACACUGAAAGACAAACACAAGAAAGCUCUAAAGGGGAAGUUUGAAGUUGUGUCUGAGGUAAUUGCUAAGCCAGGAGAGCAGACCCUCCUCGAUGAUGUCUUUACACACGUGUGGAUAACUGAGGGCAACUGUGUUGAGGUGAAUCAUGGACAUGAAGUCAGACAGAUAGAGACCGUCUCCAAAAUCACAAAAUCAGAGAUCCACUCCGUCAAGUGCAGCGAUAUUUUCAAACCACUGCCAGGACAGACCAGACCCAUCAGGACAGUACUGAUGAAGGGAGUUGCUGGCAUCGGGAAAACAUUCACUGUGCAGAAAUUCAUUCUCGACUGGGCUACUGGAAAAGACAACCAGGACUUUGACUUUAUAUUUUUUCUUCCAUUCCGUGAAUUAAACUUGAUCGAAUCAGAAAUGAGUUUACAGGAGCUAGUUCUGUAUAUCUGCCCAGAACUAAAAUCCUCUUAUAAUGUUUUAGAUGGCCACAAAGUCCUGUUCAUCUUUGAUGGUCUGGAUGAAAGCAAACAUCCUUUUAACUUUAAAACAAACCAGAGAUGGUCUGAUGUGAAAAAGCAAACUUCAGUGGACCUGUUGUUAACAAACCUCAUCAAGAGGAACUUUUCUAAUGAUGCCUUCAUCUGGAUCACUACCAGACCGGCUGCAGCAGGUCUGAUCCCUGCAGAGCUCAUCCGCAGGGUGACAGAGGUCCUGGGGUUUGAAGACCAGCAGAAGGAAGAGUACAUCAGAAAGAAGUGUAAGAACAGAGCUCUAGCAGACAGAAUUAUUUCACAUAUAAAGACACUGAGGAGUCUUUACAUGUUGUGCUAUGUUCCUGUUUUCUGCUGGAUUGUAGUUACUGUUCUGGAGCACACAUUGGAAGAGAGCAGAGGGGCCAAUCCAACAACACUGACAGAUUUCUAUACAUACUUUCUGCUUGUCUUACUCACAGCAAAGAAAAAUAAAGAAAAUGUCCUCAAAUCAAAUCAAGAAGCAAUUCUGAAGCUGGGAAAGCUGGCAUUUGAUAGUCUAGAGAAAAACAUCAUUUUUUUCUAUGAAAAAGAUUUGAGAGAAUAUGCCAUUGAUCUCCACAACUCCUCCCUUUACUCAGGGGUGUGGAAGGAAAUAUUUAAACAAGAUUCAGCCUUAUUUCAGGAAAAGGUGUACUGCUUUUUACACCUUACUGUCCAGGAGUAUUUUGCAGCUCUGUAUGUUUUCGGUUCCUAUCAAAACAAUAAUAGUAACCCACUAAAGAAAACAGUUCUGGGUGUUUCCAGGUUGGGAAGAAUAUCUCUAUUCAGCCUGAAUAAAGGUGCUCUAGAAAGAGCCAUCCAGAGCAGGACUGGUCACCUUGAUCUGUUUGUCCGAUUCCUUUUGGGGAUGGAAAUGAAGAACAACCAGGAGCUUCUGAAGGGAUUCCUGUCACACACACAAGAUCACUCCAGUGACAUCCAGAAAACAGCAGGAUUCAUCAAGAAGCUCAUUAGAGGAACUUCCUCUCCUGAAAGAUGCAUGAACCUUUUCCACUGUCUGAGUGAACUGAAGGACAAGUCUUUAAUGGAUGAGUUCAAUGUGACUCUGGAUAAAGUAAAACGUUCAGAACAAACACUCUCACCUUCCCAGUGUUCAGCACUUGCCUAUUUCUCCCUGCUGUCUGAGAAAGAGAUUGAUGUUUUUGACAUGAGAGAAUAUGCUACAUCAGAGGAGUGUGUACGGAGAUUGUUAUCUAUGGCAAAAAUAAUAAAAACCCUUAGCGAAGACUUGGACAGAAAGAUGUGGAUGAGCUGUGCAGAUGUUCAGCUGUGCUCCUGUCUUUUUGUCUGCAGCAUGGAGAGAUGUGGACUAACAGAGAGAUGUUGUGAAGAUCUGGCCUCUGCUCUUCAGUCUCAACACUCCAGUCUGAGAGAGCUGGAUCUGGGUUACAAUGACCUGGGGGAUUCAAGAGUGAAACUAUUGUCUGCAGCUCUGAGGGAUCCCAACUGUAAAUUAACUACACUGGG